UCUAGCACCUUGGGUCACGCCUCCUUGGCUGGAAGGCGCCUCGCCUUUGAUUGCUUCCAGUCACUGCACAACUUCCUGCCCUGGUGGAGAAGCGGGUCUUGCUCGGGUCGCGCUCACUCCUGGCUUGAGGCUUGAGACUGAGUUCAAACGGUCCUGGGUCUCCAAACCAGGAAGGGUUGGGGGAACAGUGUCUGCGGGGAACCCUUGCGCCCCACGUGAGGGGCCGAGUGUUGGGGUCCUCUCUCCCCUUGCAUCCACAUCCCUCGGGGCUUUGCGUCUCCCCGGGAACCCCUCGCCGGGAGAUGGCUGCGUUGAUGCGGGGCAAGGAUUCGUCCCGCUGCCUACUCCUACUGGCCGCGGUGCUGAUGGUGGAGAGCUCACAGCUGGGCAGCUCGCGGGCCAAACUCAACUCCAUCAAGUCCUCUCUGGGCGGGGAGACGCCUGCUCAGGCCGCCAAUCGAUCUGCGGGCAUAUACCAAGGACUGGCUUUCAGCGGCAGUAAGAAGGGCAAAAACCUGGGGCAGGUAGGAACCCCCUUCCCUCUCCUCCCAAACACACUCUUCAGCCAAGAGAGUCAAGGUCCUGCGCUCCUUGCGCGCGCCGUUUGCCAUUGCGCCUGGCAACACAGCACUAGGGCAGCCAGGUGUGACGCGCUGUGCGGCUGGGGUGCGGUUUCCCGCAGUUGGGUCUGCAUGGGCGCGGGUCUUUGGGUGGUUGCUGGUUCCUGUGCUGCAUGGAGUGGGCGGGCCAGGGUUCUGUUUCACCUUUGCUUUGGGACGUGGGCACGUAUUAAGAUCUAG